AUGUCGAUGACCACGACGCAGGUCCUAGUUCGAGAUUCGGAUCAACAUCCGGAACAAUCUGUGCCAUCUAUGACACAACAAGCUGUCGUCCAAAUCACUCUCACCGGUCCUUUUUUGGUGUUGGCUAUCGUCGCCAUCAUCGUCAGCAUCCAAAUAAUGAAACCGGCUGUAGCAUGUGGGCUCCUUAUAUUACUGCCAUUGGCCUCAGUAAUAUAUAAUGACUACAAUAAUUUCCUUGCGCUGGGGCCUGGAGGCACACCAGCAACGUUCCUUGGCUAUCUCAAGAUCACCUAUCUUCGUCUAUUUGCGCUUUCCGAUCCCUACAGCCCGCCUACUUUCCAUGGGAAAGUCUCUCCGUCCACAGGUUAUUUUUACCGGACUCGUUCCUGGCUGCCGAAACGAAAUGGCCCACGACCUCAAAUCGCAGGCAUUGCACCGCAGCGGCAGCUGGACCAAUCUGGAUGUGGCCAGAUGUACCGUACACUCCGGACGAGCCUUUCCAACCUUGCUGCGAAGGAUGAGGAAACCUUCAGGAUCGGCACGUCCUGCUUCGAGAAGAAAGGUCUUGCUCUUUUUGCACGGAAUCCGAUAAAUGCUACAUGUCGAGGAGAGGUCUGCCACGUCCAUCAUAGCGACCGCAGUAUGCAUAUGAACCUGCAUCCGGAUGAUGCGAAAGUUGUCCUGGAGAUGGGCUGGGGCGAGAGGCAUCCUUUGGCAAGGGGUGGUUGGAUGAGCGCAUAUGUCCCUCGAGAAUUCGUUAUGGUUUACGCACCACGGGAUCGCGGAGAACUGGAAGCCGUGUGUCGGAUCAUCAAAGCAGCUGGAUACUGGGUCACCGGCGACAAAAAAUUCGAAUUCAAGAUUGAAAAUAAGGAUGUCCAUGCUACCGAAGGGGUACAAUUGGACCAGAAGAACGGCGCCGUACAGGUGGCUGUUGGCCAGGAGCAAACAUGUAGAAAUUGUUCUGGUGAGAGCGUGUGGCGUUGA